CGGGAAGCCGAGUGAAUGCCGAGGCCGAUGAGACGGGUUCAAACUUUAGCAUCUUCCGUGACACGGCUACGCGCCUAAAUGAAGGUUGGACGUCAUUCGCCCCGCGCUUCUCCAGGAUUCUCUCCAUUCCGAUCGACCCGGGGCGAAUACUCCACCUUAUAAAGAGUCGCGAAAUCCCAAUAUCCUCGAUGAAGGACCCCGGGCAAAGCAAUACCGAAAGAUGGGCUAUACAACGCUCUGGAAGCGGCUCUCGCCGCGGCAGCUAAAUGCCACCAUCCAGGUCUUCUCGCUCAUUUCUAUAUUCUUCGAGGGCUAUGACCAGGGCGUGAUGGGCGGCGUGAAUUCCUCGCCCAGGUACGUGACCGAGGUCGGCAUUGGGAAGCCGGAUGGCACCGUGACAGACACCACGCACCAGGGUGGGAUUGUCAGUGUCUACUACCUGGGUGCCAUCUUCGGCUGCUUUGCUGGAGGGUGGUUGGCUGACCGAGUUGGUCGAAUCAACGGCCUGCUGGCGGGAGCGUUGUUUGCCUUGGUUGGCGGCGCGUUACAGUCUGCCGCUCAGAAUUCAGACUUUAUGAUUUGCGCUCGAGUGCUGACAGGAAUUGGUACUGGAGCUUUAACUGGCAUUACCCCUGUCUUGGUGUCGGAGACCUCUUCUGCAGAUCACCGCGGCGGGUUCCUGGGAUACGUCUUCAUUGCCAACUAUCUCGGCAUAUCAGUUGCAUACUGGAUAUCCUUCGGCCUCGCCUUCGUCGAUAACGGAUACUCAUCCGUGCGAUGGAGGUUUUUACUUGCCUUUCAAUGUUUCCCAGCCCUGAUUCUAGUCUGCUGCAUCAAGAUGUUGCCUGAUAGUCCGAGGUAUCUUGCUUCAGCUGGUCGGAAAGAAGAGGCGCGUGAUCUAUUGGAGCGUAUUCGCAAGCACAGGGCCAGUCCAGAAGAGAUCGAUCGUGAAUACUUGGAAAUUGUUACAUUGGCUGAGGAAAGCCAGCUCAGCUCACCUAUCCAAUUCAUCAAGAUCAUGCUCGGCAAGGGUGGAAAGCGGCAUCCGAAUUUGGGCAGACGAGCUUGGCUGUGUAUCUGGCUUCAGAUCAUGGCCUCCUGGACAGGUAUUACGGCUGUCACUGCAUAUUCUCCAGUUCUCUUGCACCAGGCUGGAUACAGCUCCAUCAAACAGAACGGCCUGGCUGGAGGACUCAACACGGUUGGCAUCAUCGGUACCAUAAUAAGUGCCCAUAUCGUCGAUCGCCUAGGUCGCCGUGUCUGUCUGAUGGGGGGUGCAGCAGUCCUCUUUGCUGUUAAUAUUAUUGCUGGAGCUGUCUACGAGGGAUCAUUGCAUGACCCCAGCAAGGCUGCUCAGUAUGCCCCCGCGGCUAUUACCAUGUUGUUCUUGUUCAAUAUUGGUUAUGCUGCUACGUGGGGCACUGUCGCGUUUUUGGUGCCCACGGAGAUAUUUCCCUCUGACUUGCGUGCCCAAGGUAAUGGCUUCGGCAUCACUGGGUGGGCUAUCGGUGUGGGCAUGACCACGUUGGUGAAUCCGAUUAUGUUCGACGCCAUGAAGGUAAGAUCAAGUCAUUCCGGUUGUAGAUGAAGCUGACCGCUGUCCCAGAGCCGCACCUACUUCCUCUUCGCCGGCCUUAAUUUGAUUUGGAUCCCUAUAGUCUACCUCUUCUACCCCGAAACCCGUGGCCGCUCUCUCGAGUCGAUUGAAGCACUGUUUUCCACCAAGAGUCCCUUCUACUGGAAGAUGGAGCAGGCGUAUACUCUCCACGGUGAUGUCUUACUGGAACACGGAGUGGGCAAGAAUGAUGGGCUCGAUGCUGCUGGGAAUCAGUUGACAUCAUAUGAGAAACCGGGGGAGCAGAUGAUUGUUUGAUGCCCUGAAUCUCCUGUACAAUUCAUCCAAUCAAAUAAGCUACCUUCCAUCGUGAUUGGCAGUGUCCAGGCCCCAACAUCCAGACUCGCAAAUUACUUGUGAAGUGGAGAAGGCGUUGUUGUUUGGUUAAUCCUUUUCGAUGAGCACCUAGCUUCUUUCUCUUUAAGAGAAUAUUGUAUAACAUAGGAACUUUUCGCCAUUUGGCCAGUUUUCUGCACCCUCUGAUUCAAACGUUCGAGAUGAGUUAUUGCGGCUUGAUCACCCCCAAUGCUCUUGUCUUGUUUAUAUUGCCGUUGACGUUGCAAUGGAAAGGGACUAGAUGAUUGAAUGUGGUGAAUUCGUUCCCCUCGGUCUCAGGGGAAC